CAAGUAAUUAGCCAACAGUAACCUUCAGUUUACACAUUUACACAACUUCCUCUAAUUCCUUUUUUUGUUCAAUCACCAUCAUUGUUAAGUAACAGGAAAUACACAUGCAAUACUUUUGACACCACUCUCGUUAUAACUGCUUGUCACUCAUUUUACUGGAACCAGUUGGCUUUUAAGACGUGUGACAGUGCCAUGGUCACUACUGGUGUUUUCCUUGGACCUGUAGCCUCCUGUUUUGGCACCUCUUUUCACAACACAAUGAGCCCAUUGAUGUGGAUUGAGAUGAUGCUCAUUUUGUCUCAGGCCUCUGGCACUAGUGGUGUGGAUUGGAAAGCUGAUUACCCGAAGGUUGUUUUUACCAAUAAGGGAGAUGAUGUGACCAUUCCAUGCAAUGUUACCUAUCCCCCGUUUCCAUCUAAAGAGCCUGUCCAGGCCUACUGGAAACGCCUGGGAACAACUAAACUUAAGAUCAAUGACAAUGACAAGAAUGAAUUCCUCUAUCACCCCAACAACACAUUCGUCAUCAAGAGUUUUCAGAACAGGACCAACCUGACAGGAAAUGUCACUAAGGGAAACUGCUCCCUGAACAUCAAGAGAAUUGUAGAAGGCGACAUGGGGCGCUCCUACUACUUGAGAAUUGCCACUGGAGCCAACAACUUCAGUUUUAUUAAUGAACUUGUCUACAUUAACAUUUCUGGAUCCUCCGGGACUAUUUCAAUCAUACCAAUGGACAAGUCAAACACAGUUGAUUCCACGACUACAGUUCCAUUUGCCACCACAGAAUUGUGUGAGGAAGCGCUAUCCACGACCAUAUAUAUUGCCAUCACGGUCCCAGUGGUUGUAGUUUUACUGGUUGCUGUAUUGGGAAGUGUUUGGUUCUUCAAGUACAGGAAAAGGUCCAGGUUUGUCACUAAGCAAGUGUCUGGAUAUUAUGCUAAUUUCACCAUGACUCCAAUGGCCAAACCUGAAAGAGUCAAAACUACAAAGAAAGAUGACACCCAAGUUCCUCCUCCAAGGGUCAUCGAUGAGCCCGUCUAUGGCAACGUCCAGGGUCCAAACGAUCCGAUGGACAGUAUGGAUCAAAUGGACAGUGUAUAUGCAAAUGUGGAUCAUGCAAAACAGUGAUGAAGCUGCAUCUCAGAUUGUCACUGCUUAAUAAUACUUGUUGAAUAUGUGUGUGUGUGCGCGUGUGUGUUUUUGUCUUGAUUGUUUUCUUGUCAAAAGGCAGUUAACAGAGUGUCAGCCCUCGUUUUUCACAUCCUGUUUGACUUUCACUUGGUUAGACAAUAAUAUGUGCAGUUUGUUUGUUAAAUGUAAAAUACAUAGUUCAGUAUGUAACUAGUUUUGAAAGGACUGGCUUUCAAAUAAACAUACUUACUGAGAUGAUAUGCUACCGGUUGUUUGAUUCAAUGUCAAAAAGUUUCACACAAAAACAGCUCUCGCAGUCCUAUAUUGACAAGCAUUCACAACUAAACAUAACGUUUGUGCUGAGUUGGAGAGAAACAUAAUGUUGCCAGAAAUUGUAAACAUUUUUGACAAAGGCUUUCUGGGUAGUCAUGAGUGAAUGAAGUCAUACACAUGAGAUUCACGUGUCAAAGUGAAUACAUUUUUUGAGUUUUGAUUGGUUGAGUGUUAAGUUUUCUAUGUUGCAUAUGUGAACAAACAGUAUCUGAUAAGAAACUUUGCAGACAAUAACUGCCAUUGUUAUUUAUUUAUUUUUUCAAGGGUCGGAUGCAUAUAUAGGCCUUGAUUUUGGUACUCAAAUGCAACGUCUCAGGGUAAGAGUGGGUGAAUCUCUGGCAUAUUACUGGACAUGAACUAAGGAAACACAGAAAAGUCACCUGUGAUGGAGCUCAAACUGCUGUUUCAUGUUUUGCUGUUAUAUGGUACCUCCUUAAUUUCCUGAUAAUAUUACAGCAGUCAUGUUUGUGCAAGCUGUCUAUGUACACUAGGAAGGAAAUGUUUGACCCAAGUUUAACAAUUUAAAGGCAGUGCUACCAAAUACUAAUUGAGUGUAUGUAAACUUCUGACCCACUGGGAAUGUGAUGAAAGAAAUCAAAUCUGAAAUACAUCAUUCUCUCUACUACUUUUCUGACAUUUCACACUCUUAAAAUAAAGUGGUGAUCCUAACUGA